AUGAAUCAAAAUUCAAAUACAACGCCAAAUUCCGAUGUGGAAUCGGCACCAAUCGAUCUUUCAAAAAAGCAUACCUUAGAUGAUCUCGACAGAAAAAACAUCCUGGAAGAUAAAUCGAAUCUGCUUUUUGAUCCCUUGCAAACAUUGCAGUCUCAUCAACAGCAGCUACUGGAACUUUAUGCGCAACUGGCAGCUAAUCAUAGUACGCAUACGGAUUCUGAGCAAAGUAGUGAUGAUGGCGGAAAUACCUCAUCGUACGUCUUAUCACCGCCAUCAAGCAACGGUAUUUUGGCGGAAAAAAUACAUCCAUGUAUUGCAGAACGUUGUCAGCAGCGUUUUUCAUCACGAGGGGCUUUGCUUUGGCAUAUUCUUCGGCGUCAUCCCAGUGAAAAGUUAAUCAAAUGUGAGCAGUGCAAAGAGCGAUUUGCUGAUCUCGAACAGGUUACUUCAUAA